AUGAGCGACAGCAGCGAGUGGCUCGCGAAGCAGAUCGACUUGACGGCGCUGGACGAGCGCGACCGGCGACUCAGUUUGCAGGAGGCGGAGGUGAUGAAGCAACUGGAGCACCCCGCCGUGGUGCGCUGCGUUGAGUCCUUCGUCCACCAAGACAUGUUCCUUGUCAUCGUCAUGGAGUUCUGCGAGCGCGGAGACCUCGCCGCGCUGCUCGUGGAGCAAAAGAAACGCGCAGAGUUCGUCGAGGAGGCGCGCGCAGUCAAGUGGCUCCUCCAGCUCGCUGAGGGCCUGCGGUACAUACACUCGAAGCGGAUUCUGCACCGGGACCUGAAGCCGAGCAACAUCUUGCUGGACGAGCGGGAGAACGUGAAAAUCGGAGACUUCGGCAUCAGCCGCGUAAUGACCACGACUCUCGCCCUCGCCCACACCGCAGUCGGCACGCCGCAGUACAUGUCUCCGGAAAUGUGCGAAAACAAACCGUACACCUACAAGAGCGACGUCUGGGCGCUCGGCUGCGUCCUCUUUGAGCUCUGUGCACUCUCUAGCGCCUUCGCGGGCGACUCCUUUCUUGCCCUCGUCUGGAACAUCGCGUUCAAGCCAGUCGCUCCGCUUCCACCACAUUACUCGCCUCAGCUCGCGCAAAUCAUCCACGCCAUGCUCGAAAAAGACCCUCACAAACGACCCGCACCCGCUGCCCUACUCGCCCACCCGUUCCUCCUCUCUUUUCAACAGAAACACAGCAAGAACGUGAAGCGAACCUCCCGAGAGGAAGAGAGUGACGAAGCAGAGUCAAGCGAAACAGAGCUAGGAGAAGCAGUGUUAAGGAAGGGAGAGCCAAGAAAAGGCGAGUUAAAGGGGGGAGAUGUAGCAGAUGGAGUCCUGAGGUCGUCGCACGCAAGGAUGAGCGGCGCCUCUCCUGCUUCGCUUUUCUCGCCGGUCUGUGGAGGCCUCUCGAGGGUGAAGAAGGGAGAAGAAGAGACCUGCCACGAACGUAGAGAGGAUCAGACUGGAGGAACCCAGAAAGGUGACGGAGACCAGGGAGUGUACGGACAACCGGAGGCGGCAGGGAGAAACAACGGACUCACCGGAGGAGAGCGCGAGCGUGAGGAGACACGCGACGCGCGGGCGGAGACAGGGAGCGAAGGCGUGGGAGAGCGAGCGAGCUGCUGGCCGGGAGAGACAUCCGAAAACGGAGGGCGAAAGAACGCGAAGGAAGUAAGCGGAGCGGAAGUGAAGUCGAAAGUAGAGAGAUUCAACAGAGCGGCGGGAGGAAGCAAGACGCACCGAAUACACGAGAAGUUCCAGGCCGAGCUCACAGACCGGCCAGUGAUGGCGGGGAAUGCGAAUCCCUCUGAAGAAUCCAACGUGCUUUGUAGAGGAAACGAAGAAGGCGAGGAAGUCUCCGCCGUACAUACGGAGAAGUCGCUCUCUGCCUUUGCGACUUUCUCGACCCUUCCAUCUCUGUCUCCGUGUCUCUGGCUGCCCCCGCACUCGUCCGGCUUCUUUCUGAGGCGGCGAAGCCGCUGCCUCGCUCGUGAGUCGCUGUCGUGCGCCUCUCCAGCUCUCGCCGGUUGCCAUACUGAGACAGGAAGGAAGCGAGCGAGCUCGGUGUCUCCAGCUUCCCUCGCCCUCGAGAAGCCCGGAGAGCGGGACGCGGCACAAAACCGUCGCGAGGCAGAAGCGAACGAAGACGCCGAGGCGACAACGCCAGUGGAGUUGGGCGGCGCCCUGCUCGCCUUUCCAGCUGAGGGGGCUACGCUGGGUGUUGGCACUCCGCAGGCUCGAGUUCGAGCGCGAGAGAGGCUUCCCGAGCGUGGAGACUCUCCGCCGGCGCCGGCAGAGAUAGACAGCGAGAAGCUGCUUCAUCACGCUGUUCCACAUGCAGUCGCGUCUGAAGGAGUCACGCGUCUGGAGGAAAAAAGCGAGUCCAGACGUCUGGAAGCUCGCAGGUUCCUUCGAGAGAGAGAGAGCGACACCCACCCGCCUCAACGCUGGCUUGUGCGCAUGCAGAGGGGAGAUGCGGAAGAAGAAAACAGGCGCGAACAGCGAAGAGCCGCGGCCGAGAGGAUCUCGUCCUCGCCUCAGAGAAGCAUGCACACAGAGAGAGCAAAGAGAAAAGGCAGGACAGACCGCGUCAGGCGACCUGAGGCGCAAGGCGAGUCUUCAGAAGCGAAGGCGGCCAAAAGCCACGAGCGAGAGAGUCGAGCAUGGAGAGAAAGAAUGCCGAUUCUAGCGCAAUCAACGAAGACGCGUUUCGGCCAACGCGCUGGAUCCUUCACUCUCGAUUCAGCGGAAUAUGCGCAAACCACCAUCGGGCGAAUAAAAGAAUGCCUCGACCGCCAGCGAGUCUCCCCGGCGCGUCUCGUCGUCCGUUCGUUCCGCCUCUACUGCGAAACGCACCACAAAGAGGGAGGAGGUGACGAUGAAGAAGAGAACGAAGAAGAGGCGGAGAGCGGAUUCGAGGCCGGGGAGAGGGUGCGAGAACUGCCUUUGCCUUCAAUCUCAGCAAGUCGCUCGUCUCCGGACCUUGAGGCACCGACGCGCGACCAAGGGAAGAUGGAGAGCGGGGAACGAGGUAGUGUCGGGAUGAGACUUGCAACGCGCGAGGAACUGGCGAGUCAUUCCAGCGGUCUCUGGCAAAGUCCAGAGCGGCAGGACGACCAAGAGGGCCGCGAGAAGACAAGGAAGAAGGACGAAGAAGCGAGGAUUUUAGACUUGCCGUUCCACGCGGACUGGCUCGCGGUGUUUGCUUCAGUUAUCGACGCAGGUCUGAGCGACACAGAAUGCCGCACCUUGCUCAGCUUCUUGAACGAAAAGAGACAGCGUCGGAGACACUCAUCAGGGCCUUCUCGGGCUCCGCUGUCUCCUCUCGCUUGGCCCAAAGCGGACGCGCAAGCAGCGUUGGGCGUAGAGCGCCGACGGCGGUGGGGGGCUUCCCUGAGCGGCGCCGCGAGCGCUGCGCUCUCUGCAAGGGAAUUCCUCGCAGCCGUACUGGCAGACAAAGCCAGUCACGUUCGCUUCCGAGAGACCAUCGACUGGGCCGCGCGCGUUUUCUGCUCCUCGCCAGAGGCCCUCGACCGCUCCUGCGACUCCGUAGGAGACACGCGCGCCCGAAGAGACCACAGAAAGAGACCCUGCAGACAACGCGCAACUCGAGACGAAUCCCGGACCGAAGAAAAGGAAGAGGGCGCCGAAGGAGAACAACAGAGAGAAGGAGAGAGAGAAGAGCAAGGCGUGCUUCAUCCGACAGGCUUGAGGACGUUGAAUCUGCCGAUUCUCAGUGCAUUUAUCCAAUUCGAUAGUCACAAGCUACGCUGCAUCUCAAGGCAGCAUUUUCGGACUGUCCUUCAUCUUUACUUCCCGAAACUUUCGUCCAUUCAGCUGGAUCGCCUCUAUCAAAUCUCAGAAAAGACGCGCGCCGGCUUUGUGCGCUACGAGCGCUGGCUCUGCACCAUGGCAAAGCAUGCGACAGAGACCCAGAGAGGAGACGCGAGCCGGAGCGCGUCGGGCAAACCUCACACACCCUCCCCAGUGUCGCUUUCCCCAUGGCUGGCGCUAGACUCGGCCUCGCCUCCAACUGGCUGCUGUGCAUUUCGCCAUUCCUCUCCCUGCUGCGCUGUCUCCUUUCCUCCCCCACGUCCCCCGUCACCUCCCCAAGGCUCUCCUCUCUCGUCUGCUUCUGUCUCCUCCUCUUUUGCUGCGUCCUCCGUUCCUCCCUCCUCUCUCGGUUUAUCUCCUGCCUCCUCGCCAAGGUCAGUUUCUCUUCCUUGCUGUCCGCUUCUUUCUUCGUCUCAAAAGACACGCAACGCCUUGGCAGGAGACCGAGAAAGGACAGAGCCACUGCGCGAGAAGCAGCCGCACUACACACAGAGGGAGAAACAUCAAGAGAAUCGAGGGAGAGAACAAGCGCCUCUAGAAAGAGAACAUGAUACUUCAGAGCUAGAGCAAGUGAACGCAGAGAGAAACAAGAACUCACAGCGAGCGGGCGGCGCCUCCGGCUUCUUCUCUUCUUUGUCAGUGACGAGGUGGAGUGUACGCGAAACUCUCGACCCCACGAGAGAGGCGAACACACCGUUUGUUUGCCACAAGAAACCUCCCAAGAUUACAAAGGAGAAGCCUGGAUUACCAUCGACUCGAGACCUAAACAUUUGCGAACGGCAGAUCGGGAAGCCCGCGGCUCCUAGAGACGAUUCCUGUGAGCAGUUGUCUCUUCCGUCUCCUCCGUCUCGUCUCCUUGUCCGUGUUCUUCCCCCCCCUGCCUCUGUCCCUCCUCCAGUUUCUUUUCCGCGUCGUUCCUGCAUGGUCUACAUCACACCUGUUUCGACUCCACCGUCUAGAGAUCUUUCUUCUUCAACUCUCACCGAUGUCACGUCGCCUUCGUCAUCUUCUUCUUCAAGUGAUUCUAGCGAGCCUUCUUGCCACCAAUUGUCUCCUUCCACCCCCUCCGUUCACCUCAGCUCGACCGCCCUCUGCGUUUCCCCUUCGCCUCACUCUCAUUCGGUGGAAACGGUUGAUUUCUCCUCCUGCAAAAGCUUGUUCGAAGGCGAACGAGAGGCUAAUGCACUUGCUGGGACUUCGGAAGUUCCUGCCAGAUUCGAGAGGUCGCGCGAAGAGGGGGAGAAAGACGCGGAGACGAUUGACAGUCGAGCCAGAGACGAGACCCUUUGGCGAGACGAGCGUGGAGAGCGUCGGGGUGAGGGGGGCAACGAGGCACCGCGAGAGGCCUCGCAAGAACCUGCAGACACUGGAGAACUCACGGGAGAGAAGGAGCAGCGCCAUUCGAAGCCCUCCUUGACGGUGCAAGCAUCGCUCUCGGUGCCAACGAGAGGCGCAGACGGAAACCGCCGGAAAACUGGAGAAACCGAGCGAGUAGGACGCGGAGAAGCGUGUGAGAGGAAAGACGAGACAGUGCCGCCAGAUCGGACUCCGCGUGUCUGUACACCUGAGUUUGACUCGCCUUCCUUCUACGAAGAGAGCAGCGAGACGAGUUCCAGACAGCCAUACCUUUCUGCACUCUUCCCCGAUUCGCGAGCGGCCCUCCUCACCACCACGGCUGCCCUCUGUGUCGAGGUGAGUGAGGAGACAGAUGCGGUUUCUGCGCUCGCGGAACAGAACGCGGAAGAAGAAGAGACUGACCGGAACAGAGAGAGGCAGAGAGGCUCAGUCCUAGCAGAUGCUGAAGAGGGCACACGCAGCGGAGUCGAAGCAACCGGACAGCGAAGACACAAAGCACUGGAGAAUGAAGGGGUCCAAGAGGAAGAGACAACAAACGCAGAGAAGGAAACGAAAGAGAUAGAAAAAGAAGAACUGGCAGAAGAAGCGGUCGAGAAAAGCGAAUCGCACACAGCAUCCCUUGCUUCCAACACCAGAAGCCCUUCGUGCUUCCCAUCCCUGCGAGGAGAUCUGACAGGAACAGUGCGAGACCCUCUGGACGACGCAGCGUUCUCCGAGUCGCCGUCGAAACUCGGAGAGACAAAUCGCGAAGGCGAAGAGGAAAGCGACACCCGACAGAGAGAGGAAGAGCCGCGUUUCAUGGAUGUGGGGCGUGAAACAAGCGAGAAGAGUGAAUGCCCCAGAAAAGAGGGUCCGCAUGCAACUGAGAUGAGACGAGCGAGAAAGGCCUGCUGCACAGGAAGACUUCAUGCAGGAAAGGGCGACCCAGGGAACUUUGAGUGUCGCGCGUGGUCUCUGAGAGGCCAGGAAGUUGACGGAGACACCGCAUCUCUUUCUUCUCUGCUGUCCUGCAUUUCGACGUCUGCUGCCUCUGCUCUGGGUGGGUCUGGGCGCCUCGUACAUCCAACGGCCUCCACAGCCUGGCCCUCCUCCUGCUCGCCCCUCGCCUCUUCCCCCUGUGCUUCGCUGUCUGUACACGGGAGCCAGGCGUCUUCGCCUGCGUCUCCUCCACACUCGUGUUCUUCUCUCACGUCUCCUCUGCCUUCUUUCCCUCUGUCCUGCAUCUCUCCCCUUCCCGCCUUCGCGCCUUCGGGAGCGCAUCCACCCUCUCUCCUCCGGUCGUCUACACUCUCUUCUUCGUGGCUAGCUUUUUCUUCUCUCUCGUGCUCCUCGCCGUCUUGCUCCCCUUUUUGUUCUACGUCUUCUUCUCCAGGCCCUCCUUCUACGUUCUCCUCUGGACCAGAGGCCACCACGGUCUGCGACGCGCCCUCCCCAGCCCCCACGAAGUCCCCAUGUCACAUGCACCCUUCGUUCUCUCCUUCCUCUUGUUCUUCUUCUCUUCCUCCGUCUGCGUCACCUUCUUUUGCUUUUUCUCCCUCCCCGUCUUCUUUUCGUUCCUCUUCUUCGACCUUCGCGUCCGCUUCUUCCCCCUGUUUUUCGUCUUCCUCGUUCUGGUCUGCCUCAUGUGCUUCACUGAUGACCUCGGCUUCUUUGUCCAGCCCCUUGGGCAGAGAGAGAGCCGCGCCGAGAAGCAGGUCGAAAGAAGACGGAAGCCACCCUUUAGAGGAAGGAAGAGAACAGGGUGGGGGCGGCGUAGGCACCCCAGCAGCGCGGUCAAGAGCGAGCAGGGGAUCGUGCAGGGAUGCGGCAUUUCGCCUCCAGGGACGAGCUGAAAACCAGUGGCAAAGCGCGAGGCACUUGUCUCCUUUCUUGGGGAAGCCCCCAACGUGUUCCUGCCCGGAGAAGCGAGAAACAAUCUUCCGUUCUCCCUCGCUCAAGCCUCUCUUUGAUCGUGACGUCGACGCUGGCGUCCUCGUCGCUCCCACAGAAUGUCGACCCUACGGAGUGACUCGCGCGCCUGCUCGACGCAGACACUCCGCGUUCGGUACGUUUUUCUCAGAGUUUUCUGCUCUCCUUCGCUCGGCGUCUGUCUCGCCCCUUCGCUGUCGACCGCCGUCUCCCCGCCUCCUCUCCCCGACGUUCCCUCAACCCCACACAGACGCGACAGCCACCCGCCGCAGACGGGGAAGAAGAAGAGAAAAGAGAGCGGAUGAAAAACGAGUAAAGGAGAGAAGAAGGGAUGAGAGGAGAAGCAGAAGAGAGGAGAGAAGGAUUGAGAGAAGAAGGGAUGAGGGACGAAAACAGGGGGAACUAAAUGAAGCAAGAAGCGGCCGUCUCGGAGAGAACCUCCUAGAAACGAGAGGGUCUCUCACUUGGACCUCUCUGCCAAAGAAUGGCCUUGUUGAAGUGGUGAAAGCGACGCAGACGCUGGUGCAUUGUCUCCAACUGGAGAGGACCUUCGCAUGCAGAAGCGUGAACGAGAAAGGCUCUGCCUGCGUGCGAACUCUGCGACUGCGAGAAGAGGAAACGAACGCGGCUCUCGCCGCUGCCCUAGAAGUACUUGGCAGAUGGAGAGGCUGGAAAGAGAGGGGCGAGAGUCCGAAGACACGCACUCUCAGUUCGAUGCGCAGAGACCCUCGAGAGGCAGCGGUCAAGGAAAAAGGCCGCGGGUCGAGGCUUGCGUGUACGGAAAGCAAGCGUGGGGUGGAGAGACAUUCGGAAAGCUGCGAAGACUGGAAAAGGACGAAGACUCCAGCGACGCGGCACACAGGAUACGAGAGAGAAGGUGGAAGCAGGCCGAACGCAGACAGAGCCACCGCGGAGAAGGCAAGAGACCCAGAGGGAGCGCAAAAGAAGAAAGAGAUAUGGAAAGACAGGGAGAGAGAAGAAGAGAAGAGAGGAGAAAGAGAAGAAGAGAGCGAGUCAGAAGAGCUGGUCGCUGAUAGUUUAGUGCAUGUGAUGGAAUUGCUCCGGGAGGCUUCGGAAGAACUGCCCGAGAGAAGACAUGCAGUCACGUGCCUGGCGGCAACCGUGUUCCCUUGUCCUCUUCGCAGUCGUCGCCUUUCUGCUCCUUCCGCUUGUUGGCAAUCGCAGGGAGACAAAGGCUGCUUGCCGCCUUCUCCAGACUUUGCGGCUGUCUCAUCCUCUUCCUCUUUCUCUUCGAAACAGGCCUCGCAUUUAUCGCCUCACUAUGCCCACAGAUCAAACGCGCAACAAGACGGAUCAUCUGGCGCAGCAUUCACCCGUUCAAGUUCCCUGUCUUUCUCCCCAUUCUCUCAUUCGUCUUCAUCUCGUUCUUCCUCUUCCUCUACUUCUUUCUCUUCCUCCUCGUCUUCCUCUUCGGCCUCUUCUUCCUCUUCGGCCUCUUCUUCUUCGUCCUCGUCUUCUUCGUCCUCUUCUUCCUCUGCUUCCUCGUCCUCUUCCUUGUCCCCUCCUUCUUUCGCUCCCUCUGUCUCGUGCGAGGCAGGGGUAGGGCGACUGCCGAGCGAACGCGUUUCCUUCCGUUCGUCCUUUUCGUGGGGAGCGCGUUACGCGAGCUGUGCAGAGUUUUAUUCCUCCCUCAUCAUGAAGCUCUUCCAGUGGGUCUCUUUCCUCCUCCCUGCUGUCGUGGAGAGAGGCUCCGCCCUGCCCCAGAGAUGCCGCGAAAUUCCAUCCGCACGGCACUUGCGUCUCUCCCGCUCCCCUCGUCCACUCAUCAACCGAGACAGAAGAGACAAAAGAGACAGAAGAGACAGAAGAGACGGAAGCGAGACACAAAACGGAAGAGAGAGGAAAGCGACGGGACAAGAAAGAGAGAGAGGCGGCCGAAGAGACAGGAAAGAGAGAGGAGACAGAACGUACAGCGAAGCGAAGGGAACGAGGCUGCGAGAGAGAGAGGUAGUGCAGCGAGGGAGAAAAGAACGACGAUACGUCUUUGCAGAAAAUAAAGUGAAUGUCGGUUACCUACUCGAUGCGGUUUUGGGGUACAGAAGGCUGAUGGUUCUUAAAGAGCAAAUAUCGAGGUAA